AACCGACUCGACUUCAUACGCCAGCCAACUCCGUCAGCAGCAGAUACUCUGAACAUCAUCAUUAUGAAGGUCCUCGUCCUCCUCGUUCUUGUUGGAUUCGCCGCCUACCAGGUGACAGAGGCUCGUAUGAACGCCUUCUCCUGCUCCGAUGACUGCUUCAGCUACCUUGAAGGACCCUACUGCAUCUCCAACGGCUCCGUCGUGUGUGACAACUGCGUCAGGGACAAGAUGCUUUGCCAUUACAAAAGGUUACUAGUCAGAAAACAGAAAACAGACAUCUUUGGCGUCAUUCUCUGUGACCAUUCCUUGUUUCUUAUAUUUUUGCCACAGUCGAACAUUGGUGUGUACUUGAUUGUGCCGGGGAUUUUACAUAACAAAAGAUGACGUAACAGAUUAAUUCGAGUAAUGUAUAAGAUUUGGGCUUUCACUAACUUCCUUUCGGUAUAUUGUAGAAUAUAUAUCGCCCUGUACCACGUGAUACACAGUGAUACAACAAAACAGGAAACAGUCCACUGGCGCCAAAGAAACAAGUAGUCUAACGAUAUGUCUAUCUGCAUACGCGAAGAGUGAGUGAGUUUAGUUUUACACUGCACUCAGCAAUAUUCCAGCUAUAUGGUGGUCUGUAAAUAAUCGAGUCUGGACCAGACAAUCCAGUCAUCAACAGCAUGAGCAUCGAUCUGUGCAAUUGGGAACCGAUGACAUGUGUCAACCACGUCAGCGAGCCUGACCACCCGAUCCCGUUAGUCGCCUCUUACGACAAGCAUGGGUUACUGAAGAUCAAUAUUCUAACCCGGACCUUCACGGGUUGCAUAAGCGAAGACCAUAAGGGAGGGAUCCAGCCCUCGUGCGAAAGAUAACAAUUCUUUUGUAAACGUUACUCUACUAAGGAUGUCAGCUGAGGUUUCGCACAUAAACUGACUUCCAAACAAUGUACACACAAAUAUUUGCUAUGUUUUUGUUUGGGUGGCUGAGUGGAGAGGUGGUAAUCCCACAACAGCGUGUGUACAUUUUCUUAUGUUCAUCAGUUUUGUUAAAAACAAAUCUCUCAAGUUAAAAACAAACUUCUAUGUCAAUCAGGUGGUUAUCGUCAUUUUAAACAUUUAACUAACCAAAUGGUCUAUAACUCUAAUUUAAGGCACAGUUGAUAAAUAGCCUCGUAUUUGACCCGAAAUCUAUGAUUAUCGACGCAACGCUGAAUAUGUACUGCAGACUGAAUUACACGAGAGUUCGAGAUGCGCAGCGUUUACAAUCAGCAGACAUCCUUAAUUCGAUUUAGCUGUUGACAGUUGUUCAGUUGAAACUGUAACGAAAACUAGUCUGAAGUUUGGUCCUUGACAUCAUCAUCCUUCUCA